UUAAAAAAAAUGGGCUCACGCUGCACAGAUACAGUGGUUUUUGGGGUGACAGGAGACUUUUUACUGCCUUUGCUCCUCCUCUCACUGACUCCAGCCUGUGUUCAUCUGUAAGUCCUUCCCUGCAUGUGUUGUAAAGGCUGACUGAAGCAGAGGCUAUUAUAAGCAGCACGUUCCUGUGGAGACACUCUCACAUAUAUACACAGAGACACAAAGAGAGAGAGAGAGCGACAGAGAGCGGUGUGAAUGGACGAGGGACACAGAGGGAGGAGAAGAGACGCUGUUACUUAACUACCGCCACAAAAACCAACAACAAGAGGCCGUCCUGGUGAGGGAUUAACGCCGUGAUCGAGCUGUGAGUGACCAAGAAUAACACGGAUUACAGUCAACAGGAAGAGACAGAUGAUACAGAGAGAUCAUGGCGUUGCCCUCGGUGAUGGUGCUCCCCAUGCUGGUGGUGAUGGCGGCGGGGAUUUACUACAUCUACAACGAGGUCAUUCAGUUUAUGUCCAAGUCUUUAGUGAAGAACAAAGUGGUGGUGAUCACCGACGCCGUGUCCGGGGUCGGAACCGAGUGUGCCCAUCUCUUCCAUAAGGGUGGGGCCAGGCUGGUCCUGGGCGGGACGAGCUGGGACAAACUGGAGUCUCUGUACGACUCUCUGACGAACGAUGCCGACCCCAGAGAGACGUUUGCUCCAAAGCUGGUGAUCCUGGACUUCAGUGACAUGGACAGUAUGGAGGACGUGGUGUCGGAGGUGGUCGACUGUUACGGCUGCGUGGACGUGUUGAUCUGUAACAGCAGCGUGAAGCUGAAGGCCCCGGUGCACAGCAUUUCCCUGGAGAUGGACAGGAACAUCAUGGACGUGAACUACUUUGGACCCAGCUGUCUGGCUAAAGGUGUUCUUCCAACCAUGAUGUCCAGGAGAUCAGGACACAUCGUUCUGGUUAACAGCAUCCAUGGGAGACUGGCGGUUCCCUUCAGGAGCUCCUACACGGCCUCCAAACAUGCGGCGCAGGCUUUCUUCGACUGUCUGCGAGCUGAGGUGGAGGAGUUGGGGAUUGUGGUGAGCACCGUCAGUCACACCUUUAUCAACGCCUCUGAGCCGGCACCUGUGGAAGAGCCCGCCCCCAAAACCAACAUGCUGUCUGAAUUCAUCGCCAGCCAGCUCACCCACGGCGUGCGUCCCUCCGUCCUGGCCAAUGAGAUCAUGCAGACAGUGAACAGGAAGAAGAAGGAGGUGAUCCUUUCCCACCCCAUCCCCCGGGUGGCCAUGCUCCUGCGCUCCAUCGUCCCCUCCUUCCUCUUUGCUGUGCUCGCUGCAGGAGUGAAGGACUCGGUGCUGAAUGAGCAGCUGCAGUGAAAGAGGAAGUCUGAGACGGCACAGAGAGAGUAGAAGUGUUUGGAUAUCCCUGCCAACAUGCUGAGCUCGUCCAGUCGUCUGAGCAGAGCUGGGGAUCAUGUUUUAUCUUUCAGAAUGAUAUGGAUCAGAUUUGAGGUGAUGCACUUGCAGAAGUGGCAGAAAAAGUAUGUUUACUUCCAGGAUCUCUAACUUUUGCUGACUUUACAAAGAAUUUCAGAUGUUAGAGAAUAAUGUAAUGGAUCAUAUUUACAUUUCUAAAUGAUGUACAAAUUAAAAUUAUCAUUGCCUGUUCCUCCA